GUGCAGCACCAUAUCUCUUCGCCUGCUGCCCGCAGAUCACAGGGCACUGGGGGCAGCCUCUGGGCCAACCACAAGAGACAGAAGAGCCACCACCAACCACCCCACACCCUGCCUGGCGGGAUCUCCACCCCAGUGGCAACAACCCCUGGCAGACCAGCAGUCCCAGAUUUACCGUGGCUGCCAGGGCUGAAACCUUGGAUACCCCCUUUGAAAAGAGGGAAGCAGCAUCCCCAGAAUCUGCUCUGUGCAGCUUUGUCGUGGGGUCCCACGAGCCAGCCAGCGGCAGGGCAGACUCUGCUCCAUUCUCUGUAAGUCCCUGGGGAUUCCCAAGAGCGCUGUCGAGGGGGGAAAGUGAGACACUGGGCAUCCCUGGUGCACUGCCUGGGGCAUCCUGGACUGAAGUGGACAGACUGGGCCUGAGAGGCUUCUCUUUCUUGAAUAACAUGCACUCAGUCUCAGCGUUUGUGCCGGAACCUGGCACCCUGGGUGCCUCGCAGCAUUCCCGAGGCAGCUCAAAUGGGCCCCAGCAGGCAUACUGCUGCCUCCGGGAGCUAGGCAAGAUGCUGUUUGGGGUUAAGGACAUUGCACUGUUGGAACACGGGUGCCAGGCCCUGGAGGUGGACAGCUACAAGUCCUUGAUGAUCCUCGGCAUCCCCGAGGACUGCAACCAUGAGGAAUUUGAGGAAAUCAUCCGAGUUCCCCUGAAACCCCUAGGCAAGUUCGAAGUGGCCGGGAAGGCCUUGCUGGAAGAAGACAGGACCAAAGCGGCCAUCAUCCAGCUGGCAGAGGACAUCAACUACGCAGUGGUCCCCAGGGAGAUCAAGGGCAAGCGCGGCACGUGGAGGGUGGUCUACAUGCCCCGGAGGCAGGAUGUGGAGUUCCUGACCAAGCUGAACCUUUUCCUGCAGAGCGAGGGCAGGACAGUGGAAGACGUGGCCCGUGUCCUGAGGCAGGAACUCUGCCCAGCCCUAACCACAGAGGGUUCCCGAGAGCCACCUGUCAUGAAGUGCUGUGUGUCCCAGCCUGAGUCUGAGCCUGGGGAGAAGCCAGAGGCUGGGGAUAGUGCCGAGGGGGACAGGGCUCCAGCUGGAGACUCAGAGGAGAAGGAGGACAAGGCUGCUGAUGGCAAGAAGGGCAAGCGGAAGCACAAGAAAAACCGGCGACGGCACCACGCGUCUGACAAGAAGCCGUGAGGGGGGGGAGGGUUACUGAGUAAGGUGGGUGUGGGUGACAACUGGAGGAGGUGAAGGAGGAAGCUUGGGGGAGGUGAGUGUGGGUGAGGACGGUACUAUUCAAGUGAGUGGGCAGAUGAGAAAGGAUGGGUAGUGCCUGACUAGUGAGAGUGAAGUUGGGCGUUUUAGCUGAGUUAACUUGGAGAUCACAUCUUAGUGGGUGUACUUAACAUGUGACUGGGUGUGGGUCAUUCAUCUAUCUACCUACCCAUCCACCACCCACACCCCCAUCCAUCUACCAACCACCAAUCUCUCCAUCCAUUCACCCAUCCAACUGUCCUGUCAUUCAACCAUGAACCCCCUUAUGCAUCCAUCCAUUCAUGCAUACCACCAUCCAUCC